AUGUCACCUUCCCGACUUAUCUACUAUUUUGCAUUUCUUGGCAUUUUUCUCGCUCUUCUUCUCUCUCGAUACCUUGGUGAUACUUCAAUUCUGAUUCCAUCUACCCCUCCAGCCAUGUCUUCCGGACUAAAGUCGGUUGCAUAUUUUGUCAAUUGGGCGAUCUAUGGGCGCAAUCACAACCCCCAGGAUCUCCCUGCAGAUAAAUUGACCCAUAUCCUCUAUGCAUUCGCCAAUGUCCGACCUGAGUCCGGAGAAGUGUACCUGACGGACACCUGGUCCGACAUCGAGAAGCACUAUCCCACGGACUCCUGGAAUGACGUCGGCACUAAUGUCUACGGAUGCAUCAAGCAGCUGUUCUUGCUCAAACAGCAGAAUAGACAACUGAAAGUUUUGCUGUCUAUCGGUGGAUGGACCUACUCGGCCAAUUUUGCCCAGCCGGCAAGCACGGAAGCCGGACGCACUAGGUUCGCUGAAACUGCCACGAGGCUGGUGUUGGACCUUGGUCUUGAUGGUUUUGAUAUCGAUUGGGAAUAUCCCAAGGGUAAGCAAAUGCACGAAGACGGCGGCAGAGAAACCUUGCUAACAGGCCACGUAGAUGAUAACGAGGCAUAUAAUUUUGUACUGCUUUUGCAGAAGUGCCGUGAAACCCUAGACAGGGCAGCCGGCCCACAGCGGAAGUUCUAUUUGACCAUUGCUUGCCCAGCAGGUAAGGAACAUUACUCAAAGCUCCGGCUUCGUGAGAUGACACCCUAUCUGGACUUCUACAACUUAAUGGCAUAUGACUAUGCUGGGAGCUGGGACAGUGUUGCGGGUCAUCAAGCAAAUAUCUAUCCUUCUCCUGACAGACCUGGCUCGACACCAUUUUCGACAGUCGACGCACUUACAUAUUAUGAGACGGCGGGUCUCGUGCCGCGCUCUAAGAUAGUUGUUGGUAUGCCUAUCUAUGGACGUGCUUUUACCAAUACCGAUGGCCCUGGGACCAGUUUCUCUGGCGUGGGCGAAGGAAGCUGGGAGAACGGGGUUUGGGACUACAAGGCACUUCCCAAACCAGGUGCAACGGAGUAUGUUGAUCCCAGUAUCGGUGCAUCGUGGAGCUAUGACCCUGCAACCCGCACGAUGGUCUCGUACGACAAUGUGCGCAUGAGUGAGAUCAAAGCGACUUUCAUCCGGCACCAUGGACUAGCUGGUGGUAUGUGGUGGGAGACUAGCGGUGACAAAGGAGGCAAGACUGCCAACAAAGCGGAUGGUAGCUUGAUUGGAACCUUCGUGGAGGGCGUGGGAGGACCGGCCGCCUUGGAUCAGACCCCGAACGCACUUGCAUACCCGGAAAGCAAGUACGACAACCUGCGAGCCGGUUUCGCUUAG